AUGGUUUUGAUGGACCUCAAUUACUGCCAAGCGGCGUCUGGCCUGUGUCAGGGCGAGUGGAGCCGACACACGGGGCCCAGGGGGGGGGUGGCGGGGCGAGUGGACCCAGGGGGGGGACCAGUCUGGGGGGGGUGGCGGGGCGAGUGGAGCCGACACACGGGGACCGAGGGGGGGGGGGCAGGGGGGGCGAGUGGAGCCGACACACGGGGACCAGGAGGGGGCCCAGGGGGGGGACCAGGGGUUUGCGGGGGCGGGCACUUCAAACAGCAGCAGAACGUGUAA